AUAUUUUAAAAGUACAUUCAACAAGGCAAAACAUAUUUCUAAUUUAGAAAAUAAAAAAUAAAACAAUUAUUUAUGUGAUGAUAAUACUGCAAUAGCCGAAACCACAUUCAUCUACACGAUAAAACAUUCGCGGACAAGGUAACGCUAAAUCAUCCUUAUCAUCCCAAUUUUGGCACUUUAUAAAUUUCCCGAAUAUUUCAAAUGAAGUCUAAGGCCAACAAGGAUAAGAAGAAUUACAGAAUAAACCCCCCUGAUUCCGAAGAAGAAUUUAAAACUAUCGAUAGAGGCCAUGAGGUGAGUGUCGAAGAUGAUACUGAUGAAGAGUUUAAUAAUAAACCGCCGAAAGCGACAUCAAAAUCCGUCAAAAAGGGAGCUUCUAAAAAGGUUACAAGCGAUUCCGCCUCAGUUUCUAAUGAUAAAGAAAAAAUUUAUAAGAAAAAGAAAGUUUCUAAUAAAGAUAAGAAUACUGAUAUGCCAAAAAGGCCAUUGACGUCAUAUUUUAUUUGGUUACAAGAAAACAGGGAAAGAUUGAAACAGGAAAACCCUGGAGCGUCAAUCACUGAAAUUUCAAAAUUUGGAGGGGAAGGAUGGAGAAAUACUAAAGAUAGAUCGAAAUGGGAACAAUUAUCAUCACUAGCAAAAGAUGAAUAUAAUAUAAUUAUGAGAAAUUAUGAAUCGAAAAACCCUAACAUUAUUAUAACAAAAAGUAAUAAAGAAUCGAAAUCUAAACUGAAAAGUGGCAAUAAUGAGGUUAAAAUUAGCGAUGAAUCCUCAUUAGAUGACUGA